UUUCCCGCCCCUCCCCCACCCCUCCCACCCCUUCCUGCCCCUCCCCCACCCCCGGUUCCACUUUUUGGGGGUUUUUUGGGGUUUUUUGGGUCCCGGAGGAGCCGCGAUGGGGCCGAGGGAGCUCCGGGCGCUGCUGGGGACAGCCGCGCUGUGCCUGUCGCUGUCGCUGUCGCUGUCCCUGGACCUGGAGGCCCCCGCGCUCUUCCGGGGGGACCCCGGGGGCGGCUUCGGCGCCAGCGUGGCCCAGCUGGGCACCGGCAGCUCGGGAUGGCUGCUGGUGGGCGCCCCCCUGGCGCGCGGCGGCUCCGGGGCCGUUUUCGGCUGCGCCUUCGGCUCCGGGGAGUGCCGGGACAUUCCGGUCACAGGCCCCCCCGGAGCCGUGAACGCCUCGCUGGGGCUGGCGCUGGCGGCCGGAGACGACGCGGCGCUGGUGUGCGGCCCCAGGUCCCCCCAGGCCUGCGGGGUCAACGUCCACCUCAACGGCUUCUGCGUCCAGCUGGACACCGCGCUCCGGCCGGUCCGCAGCCUGCCCGCCGCCUUCCCAGCGUGUCCGCAGCCCGCCAUGGACAUCGCCUUCCUGGUGGACGGCUCGGGCAGCAUCGCCCCCCACGACUUCCUGACCAUGAAAUCCUUCAUCGGCGACCUCAUGGCGCGCUUCCGCGGCGCCGACGCGCAGUUCUCCCUCACGCAGUUCUCCCACACCAUCCGGGACGAGUUCGACUUCAACGCCUUCCGGAAGGUUCCGGACCCCGCGCGGCUCCUGCAGAACGUCCAGCAGCUGAACGGGGCCACGCACACGGCCACGGCCAUCCAGCACGUCCUGGAGCGGCUCUUCGUGGCCGGCCGCGGCGCUCGGGCCGGCGCGCGGCGCGUCCUGGUGGUGGUGACCGACGGCGAGAAGUUCGGCGACCCCCUGGACUACCCGGCGGUCAUCCCGCUGGCCGACAGCAUGGCGGUCACGCGCUACGCCAUCGGGGUGGGCAGCGCGUUCCUGCACCCCGAGGCGCACCGGGAGCUGCAGGUGAUCGCCUCCCGCCCCGCCCGCGAUCACCUGUUCCGCGUGGGCAGCUUCGAGGCGCUCGAGGGGAUCCAGAGCCAGCUCCAGGAGAAGAUCUUCGCCAUCGAGGGCACGCACUCCGCCCACAGCAGCUCCUUCCAGCUGGAGAUGGCCCAGGAGGGGUUCAGCGCCACGCUGACCGCGGCGGGGCCGGUGCUGGGCGCCGUGGGCGCCUUCGAUUGGGCCGGGGGAGCCCUCGCCUACAGCGGGGGAGGGGCGCCCGCCUUCCUCAACGCCUCGGCGGCGCACCUGGGCACACCUGGGACGCACCUGGGCACACCUGGGACGCACCUGGGCACACCUGGAGGGGACCUGGGCAAUGCUGAGGACGAGAGAGAUGCGUACCUGGGUUACUCGGCCACGCCCCUGGCCCUGGGCGACUCGUGGGGCGUGGCGCUGGGCGCGCCCAGGUACGCUCACCUGGGCAGGGUGCUGCUGCUGCGGAAGGGACACACCUGGGAGCUGCUGGGGCACGCCACGGGAGAGCAGGUGGGCUCCUAUUUCGGGGCCUCUCUGCUGGCGCUGGAGCCGUGCCCAGGUGAGCCCCGCCCCCGCGCAGGUGAGCCCCGCCCCCGCGCAGGUGCGCCCCAGGUGCGGCUCCUGGUGGGGGCGCCCCUGUUCUACGGGGGGGGCAGCGGUGGCCGCGUGCACCUGUGCGAGCUGGACGGGCAGGGCACUCACCUGCGCUGCCGCCCCGCCCUGCGGGGCUCACCUGGGCAGCCCCUGGGGCGCUUCGGGGCCAGCCUGGCUCACCUGCCGGCGCCGGGCGGGGCCAGGUGCGCCCAGGUGGCCGUGGGGGCGCCCCUGGAGGACGACGGCCGCGGCGCCGUCUACCUGUUCAGGAGCACACCUGGCGGGGUCGGCGCGCGGCCCGAGCAGCGCAUCGCGGGCUCCCAGUUCCCGUCCCAGCCCCAUUUCUUCGGCCAAUCGCUGAGCGGGGGGCGUGACCUGAGCGGGGAUCACCUGCCCGACCUGGCCGUGGGGGCGCGGGGCCAGGUGCUGCUGCUCAGGUCGCCGCCGCUGCUGCAGGUGAGGCUGAACGUCACCUUCGAGCCCGCGGUGAUCCCGGCCCGGGAGUGCCCCGAGGGGGCGGAGCUCCGCGAGCGCCUGGGCGUGGCCAAGCUCUGCUUCCGGGUCAGCAAGGAGACACGUGACACCUUCGGCUCCUCCGUCUCGGCCUCGCUCUGGUUCCGGGCCGAGCUCGAUCCCGGCCGCGCCCGCGCGCGCGCCCGGUUUGGGGCAGAAACGGCCAAAAACGGGACUCUGAGCGUGGGGGAGGGGCAGCGCUGCGAGAGCCUCGACAUCUUCUACCAGGGCUGCCCGCAGGACACGCUGACCCCGCUGGCGCUGCGCGUGACCCUGGGGGGCCGCGGGGAGCCCCUGCCCGGGGCCGGGGGGCUCCGGCCCCACCUCGGCCCCGGCUCCGACCGCGCCGUCACCGCCACGCUGCCGUUCGAGCACGACUGCGGCGCCGACAACGCCUGCCAGGACCGGCUGGAGCUGCGGCUGCGCCUCGCGGGGCGGGGGGUGCUGCUGGUGGGGGAGGGGGACGCGCUGGAGGUGACGGUGGCGCUGACGAACCGCGGCGAGAGCUCCCUGGGGCCCGGCGUGGUCCUGAGCCACCCCCCCGAGCUGAGCUACAGGAAGGUGCAGGUGCUGCAGUCCCAGCCCCGCUCGGGCUCCCUGCGCUGUCACUCGGAGCCGCCCCAGGGGCGGGGCCGGCGCACGCGGUGCCAGGUACAGCCACCUGUGCUCAGGGCCGGGGCCCAGGUGAUUUUCAGGCUCACCCUGGACGUGCCCCCGGACGCCGAACUGGGAGACGAACUGCGGGUGACGGCCGAGAGCUACAGUGCCAAUGGCGGCGCAGGUGGGCGGAGCCAGAGCGCGACCAUCCCGGUCAGGUACCAGGUGUUCGUGGUGAUCGACAGCGCCCCCGACUCCACGCGUUACCUGAACUUCAGCACCCGCGGAGCCCCGCCCCCCUCGGCCCCCGUCACCCACCACUACCAGGUGAAGGUGCUGGGGCGCCGCCCCCUCCCGGCCAACGUCACCUUCCGCGUCCCGUCUCACCUGGGCCAGGUGCGGCUCUGGGAGCACCUGGAGGUCACACCUGAGCAGGCGGAGCCGCGGUGCGAGCGAGGCCCCGAGGAGCCGGGGCAGGGCCCGGAGCGCCCCCUGCUGGCGUGCCCUGGCGCCCCCUGCUGGACGUUCCGCUGCUCCCUGCCCCCCCCUGGAGCCCCCGCGGGUCUGGGGGCUGCGCCUGGGGGGGCGACUCCGCCUGGGGGGGGCUGCGCAGGUGGCCCAGCCCAAGCUGCACCUGCAGAGCUCGGCCCAGGUGAGCUUCGACCGCGGAAUCUUCCAGAACACCUGGGGGGGGCACCGAGCUGCAGGUGCAGACGGAGCUGGAGCGGGUGGAGACCCCCAACCCCCGAUUUUUGGGGUCCCUGAUCCAUUUUUGGGGUCCCUGAUCCAUUUUUGGGGUCCCUGACGCGUUUUUGGGGUCCCUGAUCCAUUUUUUAGGGUCCCUGAUCCAUUUUUGGGGUCCCUGACCUGUUUUUUGGGGUCCCUCACCUGUCCCAGGUGUUCCUCACCUGGUUUUUGGGUUCCUGACCCGUUUUUGGGGUUUUUGAUCCGUUUU